UGUGGACCUUGGACUUUGUGAAAUUUUAUAUUAGGCCCCUCUAACCCCCUCUUCCAUUGCUAAUCACCCACACAAGCAACUUCUCUCUCUCUCUCUCUCUCUCUCUCUGAGAAGCAUAUUCUCUUCCUCACCUUCCAUCUGAAUUUCUGGGCCCUGUGCCAUUCUGUUCUGCUCAGAUCCAGUUUUCAAUGAUUUGGAGUUGUGUUUAUUUUUCUUUCUUUCUCAUUCUUGAUUCUAUGUAAAUCCCGUAUAUAACUAAUUUCCAAGUUCAACCCAGUGUUCUAUUGCCAGAGUUCUCAUCUGGGUUGUCUUUGAUUUUCUUGGGUGAUUGAAAAGAAAUGGCACCCAAUUCAUCAGUGGCAGUCACUAUUGAGAACAAGCCUUUAAUGUUCCCAGAUAAAGAAAAAGCUGCAAGUCCUAAGCAAUUCACAUGGGUUCUUCUUCUCAAAGCAUACAAAGCUCUCACUUGCAUUUCUUGGCUAGCAAUGGCCUUAAAGUCUACCUUUGUUUCGGUUAAGAAACGCAUCGCUGUAUCCGAAAUGAGCGAAGAAGAAGGAGAAGAGCCCAAAAACAAAGGGAGGUUGUACAGAUUUCUCAGAGUUUUUCUUGCUGUUUCGGUCUUUGCUUUGGUUAUAGAAAUUGUUGCCCAUUUCAAGAAAUGGAAUUUGAAUCUGAUCAAUCCAUGGGAGGUUCAGGGUCUUGUGCAGUGGUCUUACAUGGCUUGGCUAUCUUUCAGAGUUGAUUAUAUUGCUCCUUCCGUUGUGUAUCUUUCUAAAUUCUGCAUUGUACUUUUCAUGAUUCAAUCGCUCGAUCGGCUAGUUCUCUGCUUUGGGUGUUUUUGGAUGAAGUGCAAGAAAUUGAAACCAGUGAUUGAAGGAGAACCAUAUGACAUUGAGGAUUGUUCAGGUUUCCCAAUGGUUCUUGUUCAGAUUCCAAUGUGCAAUGAAAGAGAGGUAUAUGAGCAAUCAAUCUCUGCUGUCUGCCAGUUGGAUUGGCCAAAGAACCGACUUCUAGUUCAAGUCCUAGAUGAUUCAGAUGAUGAAAGUUUACAGAAUCUAAUAAGAAAUGAAGUAUUUUCAUGGAAACAAAAAGGGGUGAACAUAAUCUACAGACAUAGAUUCAUAAGAACAGGGUACAAAGCAGGCAAUCUUAAAUCAGCCAUGGGCUGUGACUAUGUCAAGGACUACGAGUUUGUCGCAAUAUUCGAUGCAGACUUUCAGCCCAAUCCUGAUUUCCUUAAACUGACAAUACCUCACUUCAAGGGAAAUCCCGAGGUGGGUCUUGUCCAAGCACGCUGGUCGUUUGUCAACAAGGAUGAGAAUUUACUCACAAGGCUUCAAAAUGUUAAUCUGUGCUUCCAUUUUGAGGUAGAGCAGCAAGUUAAUGGCAUGUUUAUUAAUUUCUUCGGAUUCAAUGGAACUGCUGGAGUGUGGAGGAUUAAGGCCUUAGAGGAGUCAGGAGGUUGGCUUGAAAGAACAACUGUAGAGGACAUGGACAUUGCAGUUCGAGCCCAUCUGAACGGGUGGAAAUUCAUUUUCCUUAAUGAUGUGAGGGUGCUUUGUGAAUUACCCGAAUCUUAUGAAGCCUACAAGAAACAACAGCAUCGCUGGCAUUCGGGUCCAAUGCAGCUCUUCAGAUUAUGCCUUCCUGCUAUCUUGACUUCCAAGAUAUCAAUGUGGAAGAAGGCCAACAUGAUAUUUCUCUUCUUUCUUCUGCGAAAACUGAUACUUCCUUUUUACUCAUUCACACUAUUUUGUGUCAUACUUCCAUUAACAAUGUUCAUACCCGAGGCAGAAUUACCUCUUUGGGUGGUUUGUUAUGUACCGGUUUUCAUGUCUUUUUUGAAUGUCCUACCUUCUCCGAAAUCUUUCCCAUUCUUGAUACCAUACCUACUGUUUGAGAACACCAUGUCCGUGACAAAAUUCAAUGCCAUGGUGUCGGGGCUAUUUCAACUUGGAAGUGCUUAUGAAUGGGUAGUGACAAAGAAGACAGGCAGGUCAUCUGAAUCUGAUUUAUUAGCCCUGGCUGAGAGGGAAUCGAUAAAUUCAAACCAAGAGAAAAUCCAAAGGAGGCUUUCGGAAUCUGGCCUAGAAAUGCUCACAAAACUGAAGGAACAAGAGGUACCUGUUGUCAAGAAGCGAAACAAGCUCUAUAGGAAGGAACUUGCCCUUGCUUUUCUUCUACUCACCGCUGCUGCAAGAAGCCUGUUAUCAGCACAUGGAAUUCAUUUCUAUUUCUUGCUGUUCCAAGGCUUGUCUUUCCUUGUGGUUGGCUUGGAUUUAAUUGGUGAGCAGAUGAGUUGAAACAGUAACACCUAUAUAUGAUCAUGGAAGUUGUAUUGCUGUUGAAGAAAUUCUGAGUUCCAUAGAAUGCCAAACUUUGGAGCUGGGAUUCUCACAGAUGAUGCACAUUUGCUAUUGCAAUUAGCAAUUAAGAGACACCGUAGUAGAGUUGAUUCUUUGAUUGUAUAAUUAUUUCAUACCGACUUUUUGAAUAACUAGGUACCCAAAUACACAAAUAAGCAUUUCAAAAUACCUUGUUCUACUGUGUAAUAUGGAAUACUCAAUUUCAAGCUUAUGGUUUCUUGAUAAAAAUAUAUACAAUUGUCUGGAUGUGUGGGCUGCAAA